CGCACAGUCGUUAAACAGUUUUUAACUAAUAAGCUAAUAAUUGUCACCGUGUGUUUAUCACGGCAAUGAAUUUUACACGCCAAAGAUUUCUGGAAGUCAAUGGGCAAGAUGAUUUCACUGUAAUCCAUAUUAGAUCAUAUGUAAACUCUUACUACAAGUCCCAUAAUGUACCUGUUCGUUUCCUUGGAAACAUGUUGUUGUCUCUUUAAUAGGUGCUUAACUACGGCGAAAUACAGCUUUCUAAAUAACUUAAGCUAAAUAGCGUGUUGCUUUUAUACUUUCCCUCAGUUAAUUGUUUCUAGCCGCUGUAUAACACACUGAGACAGGAUAGCUACAAAGUGAGGGACUCUAUUACAGGUGUGAAUAUGUAUGGCGCUCCGGUGGAUUUAUCUUUCAAACAAAUCAGCAGUUUGGCAGACGCACGGACAGAGGAACCCAGCACCGUUCUGCGGCCUUUAAAAAGAAACUCACAGAUGAAGUACCUAAGCUGCUCCCUGCGUCUCAAUAACAACAACAUCACUCACAUUCAUGACCUCCAUAAGACUGUUAACCACUUCCUGGCUGAGCCAUCGCAGCUCGCCUGGCUGGACCUUUCCUUCAACAAAAUCUCACACAUAGAUCAAGUUUUGUGCGAGCUACAUGAACUGCGUGUGUUAUAUCUGCACGGCAACAACAUUUUUAUUCUGUCAGAGGUGGACAGGCUGGGCGUGCUACCACAUCUACACACCGUCACUCUACAUGGAAAUGUCAUAGAAACCAACAAGGCCUACAGGAAUCGUGUGAUUUCUGCCCUGCCUUGGCUAAAGACGAUGGACUUCAGUGCUGUGACACGCCAGGAGCGAGUCAUGGCAAAGAUUUGGCAAAGCAGCAACAACCGCAGAAGCUGCAAGGAGACUCUCCAGUGACUGCUGACUCGUCUCCAUCAGCGUGUGUCGAAGUCAUACUUUCACCCAAAUGUUCUGUGCUCUACAUCCACUC